GUUUAUGUAUGUGUAAGUGUGGGAGGCAGAAACAGUGUGUGUGUGUAUGUGUGGAGGUGUGUGGGGGGGAGCACGUGUGAAAGUAUUUAUGAUCAAUUCUCUUUUUCCUUUAAAUAAUAUUUAAGGCAGCUGCGCUAAUACACAGACAAACUCUCUUGGACGAAGCAAACACUGCCACCAUGGUUGCCACAAGCACCCUAAAGACCAAAAGCAGCGAAUUUCGUAUUUCGGACUUGGUUGAGCGAAGAUAUGACCAAGCUUGCAUAGAGAAAGAACUGGACUUCUGGGAUCACUGCUUAGCCGAGCCCCAGAGGAACGUAGACGUUGCCGAGGACAGAACCUGUCAACAGCUGGCCAAGAUGUUUGAGAACUGCCUGUCACGAGCCAAGAAGACGACGCUUCACUGCUCCUCUGUGCUGGUACCAGAGAAGCUGACCCGGAGAAUAGCCCGCGAAGUCCUGCGACUGGCGUCCUGCGAGCCCUGUGGCCUGCGCGGCUGUGUCCUCUACGUCCACCUGGAGUGGGACAAGGGCUGCAGGCGGCUGGAGCGCAUUGUGUAUGAUGCCACCGUGGUGCCCACAUUUGAGUUGACUCUUGUGUUCAAACAGGAUAGCACGGCCUGGCCCAGUUUACGGGACUUCCUCUUUAUGGGAACCUGCUUUGCCCCAACUUUUAGACACGUACUUAAACUGAGUCCAGGUUUCCGGCUCGUCAAGAAGAAGCUCUACUCCUCCUCGGCUGGUACCGUGGUAGAGGAGUGCUGAACUAUGGUAGGGAUUAGAAUGGGAUAUUGAGUUUCCUGUGGGUAAAUGCACUUCUGCCCAAAUGUAACUGAUCUUUUGAACAAAUGUCAUCUUUUCUACAGUGUUUUUUGUACAAUCAGUUCAGCUGUUAGUAGCUAGUCAGUCUGUAACUUUGGGGUUUGUGGCAAAAAGUUUGGUUAUAAAUGAGGCUGAUAGUUCUGCAUUUAGCUUCAGUGUUUAACUGUAUUUUUAUCAACGUUGUAAUGCUUUUUUUUUCUCAGUCAUUUAUUUCUCACACCAUUUUAAAUCGUACAUUUUGCAGAUGAAUGUAAAACUGUUCACAUCAACAUGUUGAGAGGGACAUGCUAUGGGUACACGUUUGGUAGACACUAGCCACUUUAUUGACGCAUCUGAGUGUUUACAGAUGCAUUGAAUUAGUUCAGCAAUGGUAAACACACCUAGCCUUUGAAUAGGAGACUGAAAUGUCUAGUUUUUUGGGGGCCAUAUGUAGUUGUUUAAUGCUGUAUUUUGGGCUAUGGAUGUUAAGACUUGAUGUCUUGUGAAAAUACUGCUGUCUUGGUGUGGGCUUCUCGCACUAAGGAAAUGUGGAUGCCUUAAAUGCCACGUCCUUUUUUUUCCUCACUGUAUGUUCUGUUAUAUGUGUUUUAUUGCUGUUUUUUAAUUUUAUAACUCCUCCCCCAGAUGCGCCUUUUCAAUGCAGAAACUUUAUAGAUUAUUAAAAGGACGGAUCACCACAAUGUAAAAGUGUACUUUUUUAUGUAAUUUAUCUGGGUUCUGCAAAGAAAUUAUUGAAUGUCCCGCUCGCUUUUUUCAUUGAAAUUCCCCAUUAUUUUUCAAACUUUUUUUUUGAUGCCAAUUGAACUUUCUUAAUGUUGAAGGAAAACACUGUCUUGUCUAUUAGACAAUAAAAAAUUGAAACCUUAA